AUGUCACGCUUUGAAAACCUUCUCGAAUGCGCUGCACAGGACGGCAUUGUGCCUGGCGCAGUGGUUUUUGCCAAAGACAAAACUGGCAAGAUCAAUUAUUCGAAAGCCGUCACUGGAAAAGACCAAUGUUAUCACGAAGAUACUGUGCUUGAGAUUGCAUCAUUGACUAAACUUGUCACUGCUAUCGCCGCUUUACAGCUUGUCGAAAAAGGCCUUGUGACACUAGGUGAAGAUGUUUCCAGUUUCAUCCCGGCUUUCACCAGCCAAGAGGUUCUCGACGGUUUUGAUGAACAGGGAAAACCCAAAACACAAAAACGACGGACCACGGUUACACUGCGCCUGCUUCUUACUCAUAGCGCCGGUGCAGGCUAUCCGUUCACAGACACACGACUGGUCCAGUAUGCAACAUCGACUAACCAGCCUGAAAAGAGGAAUGGGACUGUGGACAGCAAUUUCGACUUUCCACUAUCAUAUGAACCCAACGAGGGGUUCAUGUACAGCAGUUCCAUGGAUAGAGUUGGUCAGAUAGUGGAAGGGAUAUCCGGCAUGCCCUUGGAGGACUAUUUCAGUAGGAAUAUUUGGCAGCCUUUGGGGAUUAACACUGGGACAUUCUGGGAUACUAACCAUCCCCCAAUGGCUAUAAGACUUGCACCUGGUGAGCCUGCAAAGCCAAUGCCGGGUAUGGACACUUUCACAACUGGAUGGACCGAGUGUUCCGGCGGACAAGGCCUCUUCAUGAGCAUGAAGGACUAUAUCAAAAUUCUUUACUCACUUCUCAAAGAUGAUGAAAAAUUGUUGAAGAAGGAGACGGCGUCAAACAUUUUCAAGCCAUGCCUCUCGCCAGCAAGCAAAGCGGUGCUUCUGAAACGGAUGCAAACUCCAACGUGGCUCGUUGGCGAUUUUCCCGGGACGGGGGAAUACGACUGGAGUCUGGGAGGGCUGCUAGUUGAUGGAGAUAAGCACGAUUAUCGGAAGCGAAAUACGGUCAUGUGGAGCGGAGCCUCUGGUUGUUUCUGGUUCAUCGAUCGUGAUGCUGGUGUUUGUGGCGUCUUCGGCACUCAAGUUCUACCUCCUGCGGACCCCCAAGUUCAGCCACUGAUCAAGGCAUUCGAGGAAGAAGUUUAUAGACAACUCGGAAGUUGCAAGGAUUGA